CUCCAUCAACAUAGAACCCUUCCACUUUUAGCCUUUAAUCUCAUUGUGUCAAGCAUAAUCAAACUAUACUAAGCAAUGGAUAAACUUAUUACAAGUUGUUGGUCCAACUUUCAAUCUGUCCCUGAGAAUUACAUAUUUCCACCAGAAUCAAGACCAGGAAAUUUCAAAAUCCCAUUCAAUAGUAGCAUUCCAGUGAUUGAUCUUAGUGAAGCACAAAAGGGUGAUAGAACUAAUAUAAUUCAGAAAAUGAUCAAAGCUUCUGAGGAGUUUGGAUUCUUUCAGAUUAUCAAUCAUGGAGUCCCAGUGAAUCAAAUGAAAGAAACAAUGAAUGUUUUUAAGGAGGUGUUUCAUAUGCCUGAUGAGUACAAGAAAAGUUUGUGUUCUAAUGACCCUUCAAAACCAUGUAAGAUGUUUACUAGUAGUAUCAACUAUGACAGUGAAAAGGUUCAUCUAUGGAGAGACAAUCUUAGGCAUCAAUGUUAUCCUUUGGAGCAGUGGCAACACAUAUGGCCUGAAAAUCCACCUAGAUACAGGGAAUGUGUUGGUGAUUUCUCAACUGAAGUUAAGAAACUGGGUUCGAGGAUCAUGAAUUUAUUCGGUGAAGGGCUUGGCCUAGAGUAUGGUUAUUUUGACAAUGAUCUUACCGGUUCAAUUCUUUUGUCGGUUAAUCAUUAUCCACCAUGUCCGGAACCAAAUUUGACAUUAGGAAUUACCAAACACUCAGAUCCUAACCUCAUCACCAUUUUACUGCAAGACGAUGUAUCUGGUCUUCAAGUAUUCAAGGAUGGAGAGUGGAUCGCUGUUGAGGCUCUUCCUCAUGCUUUUGUCAUCAACGUAGGCUACCAAUUGCAGAUAAUCAGUAAUGGUAAGCUAAAAAGUGCUGAGCAUAGGGCUGUGACAAAUUCAAGUCAUGCUCGUACAACUGGUGCAUUUUUUGUAGCUCCUUCAGAUGAUUGUUACGUAGAGCCAGCACAAGCUAUCACUGAUGAACAUAAUCCACCAAUUUUCAAGUCCUUCAAAUACAAGGAUUUCAAUUCCCACUACUUUAACAAAUAUGCUGACACAGACGUGGUGCUGAAAUCAUUUGAGGCACCAAAGAAUUAAAUGAAAUAAGUUUUUUGGAAGGAAAAAUGUAUUGUAUUUGAUGAUGUAAAAGAGAUAUGUAAUAAUAUAAAAAUAACUCAUUCUCAUCUUGGA